GACAUCGCUUUCCGUGAGUCUCUCUGCCCAAAAUAAAAACCCUAAUUUUCACUUUCGCUCUUUCCCUCUCACGCGAUUUUUCUCCAAAAUUGAAUCAAUGGCGACGGCGGAAGAAGGCGGAUCCCCUUCCAACAACAUGGCUUCCUCCUACGGUGGCGGAGGGGUGGGGGGAAAGUUUCGGAAGAAGCUCUCUCGGAAGCAACCGACGCCGUAUGACCGUCCACCAACCGCCUACCGAGGAGGAGCCAAUAACAACGGGAACACGAGCAGCGGCUGGAUGACGAAGCUUUUUGUUGCACCCGCGUCGAAGCUUAUCUCCUAUGGUGCGAACCGUUUCUUCUCGUCUGUUUUCCGCAAACGCCUCCCCCCACCGCCGCCGCCUCCCCAGCCGCCAGAGGUGAACAAUGAUGUGACUGAUGGGGUUCAAGGGACGGUUCUUAAUGUUCAGGAAAGUCUUCAAGAGCCAGCAGAUGGAACAUUUAGUGUCCCAAGUAAGCCCAGGAGCAAUGAAAUGCAUGAGCUUGAGCAGUUAUUAAAACAAAAGACCUUCUCCAGGUCAGAAAUCUCUCAUCUGACAAAGUUACUUCAGUCAAAAGCUCUGGAAGCGCCUGCUGGGGAUGAUGAUCAAAGGAAUGAAGUGACUGCUUCUGAUAUUAAUGGGCAUGACCAACUUAAGGCCAGUCCUUUGGAUGAAAACAGAAAUUUUGGGAUUAGAUCUGCUACGGCCCAUGUUCGUAACUCAAAAGUCCUUGAGGAUGAUAUUGCAACUCCUGCUGAGCUGGCUAAAGCUUAUAUGGGUAGCAGGCCUUCAAAAGGCUCAUCCGUGCUCGGAGUUCGACAUCAAGGUGGAACAGAGGAUACUGGAUUGCAUAGUAAUGCUCCAUUCACACCAAAAAUGCCUCUCAAUUCCUUGACCAAUAAAACUCCUGUUGGCCUUGCUGCUUCAGAAAAUGUUCUUAUAACCCCUAGAUCUCGAGGCAGAUCUGCUAUUUACAACAUGGCUCGCACUCCUUAUUCUAGAGCUCAUCCUACUUCCAUUUUCAAGGGAAGUAGAAGUAACAGUAGUGGUAAUACUGGGCCAUCACUGUCUUCAUCGACACUUUCGCCUCUGGUGAAUGGAGAAAAGCUUGAGUCCCAGCCAAUGACCUUAAAGCGCAGGAGCUCAGUCUUAAAUGAUGAAAUUGGCUUAUUUGGUUCCGUACGGAGAACUAGACAGAAAUCAAAUCUCUUAGCAUCAAAAAACCAUGAGAUUACUCAUGGAAUGGGGUUUAAUUCUCAUACAAAUCAGAAGCUUCAAUUGAUUGGUGAACCAAGUCAUAAGGUCUUGCAAGCAGGCAGGGAAACUGAAAGUGAAAGUAUCCUGACUACUAGUCGUGCUUGUGUACCUUCCAAAUCUACUGAGGUGGCUGCCAGAAUAUUUCAGCACCUUGAAAAGUUGACUCCAAAGGAAAAAUCUUCAGAAUCCAAGUUAGGUUCUGCACGCGAGAAGUCACAAAUGAAAUUGACAUCAGGGAUGCUUACAGGACAGACUUCUAGGAGCAUGGAGGAUGUGGAUCCGUCGAAGUUGCUAAUGGGUGACCCACAUGAUCAUAAAUUAGGUGACACUUCCACUGCCACCUUACCUGUCACUCGCAAUUUUUCUUCUCAAAAGGCAAGGAACAUUGAAGAAAAUGGCCCUAAGGAACCUGUUGUUCCUUCUGGCAUUUGGAAUCCUGUAAUGAAGAAUGAUUCUGCAGGAUCGCUUCAGACUUCUUUCGGUGCCAACAAAACAAUUGAGUAUGUUGAACAUGGGACAACUCAACCUCCUCCAAAGAAGAGAGCAUUUCGAAUGAGCGCACAAGAGGAUUCCUUGGAGCCGGAUGAUGAAGUGCAUAGUAAUGGGCUUGCACCUACUCUGUUCUCUGAAAAGAUAGAACCUGUGAAAGCCCCUGUAACAGACAGCAAGCCUGCACCUCCAGAAGUAUCCAAGUCGGUAGAAACGGCAAUCCAAGCAUCAGAAGUUGCUGUGGUUUCCCACUCAGCAAUUCCUCCUUUCAAGUUUGCUACUUCUGAAAAACCUGUGGAAUCAACUAGUUCUCCAGUAUUCAGCCCUAGCUCAAAAUUUUCUGAUAAGUUCCCUGCCUUGCCCUCUGAAUCCAAUACGAAAGAAUCUGCUGUGGAGAGCUCCAGCAGGUUGUUCAAUGUUUCUACAUCAGCUGGAUCUCAACUAAAAAUUCCUGACUUGGACAAAUCUGGUCAUCUAAGCCCUCCGAAGGCAGGAGAUACAAAUAACAAAUCCGAUACUGUUUUACAUGGAAAGGGGGAACAUGUUACAGGAUUCUCUUCCGCCGCUUUUGAUCAUAUAAAUCAGGCAUCUACAGGAAGUGGUUUCUUCUUUGCAUCCACUCCCAGCAUUUCUAACAUAGCCCCAUCUGGUCUCAGCUCCAGUACCUCUACGACGACCUCCAGUGGAAGCAUUUUGGGGUUGUCUGCUAAGCCUUCUAAUUUAGAAGGUCAAAAUUUCAAGUUUGGCACAUCAGUGGAUCCUACAACUUCAGCUCCAGUGGCAUCAGUAUCUAAUAUCACUGAACCGGCAGAAGUAAAACCCAAAGUUGACACAAACCCAAGUCCUGGUAGCACAGUCAUCCCAAAUUCCAGUGUUACAGCUCAACCGGCAGCAAAUCCUGAAAAAAGCAUAACUUUUGGGCUUGGUUCAUCUGUUAAUACUACAAGUGUUCCGGGUUCACUAUUCAGCAGUGCUUCUAAAUCUACCGAGUCUGGUGCUGGAACUCUCUCUCAAGGUGCAUCUCUUUCAUUUACUCCUCCUACAUUAUCACCUGGAACUGUCUCUCAAGGAACACCGGUUUUAUCAGUUUCUUCGGCAUCAGCUCCAUUGUUCAGUAUGAAUGGUAAUGCCUCUGGUUCCUCAUUUUCCAAUCCGAAAGUAUCACCUGCUUUUAGCUUUAGUUCUUCGGCCGCAUCAUCUACCACCACUGUUGCCCCUGGCAGCGGGCAAUCAGCAAGUGUGUUCAAAUUUGGUGGUAGUCCUGUCACUGAAGGAAAUGUGGUCAGCUCAAGCAGUGCGUCCACUCCUAGUUUUGGUUUUGGCUUUGGUUCUGGUUCUGGUUCUGGUUCGGGCACUUCUUCUACUUCAACGACUGAUUCAGCUUUAAUAAACAGCGCUACAGCUCUCCCGAAGUUCAACUUCGGUGGCAACUCUUCAGUUCUCGCCGGCUCUUCCACUUCUGCAACUUCUGGGAUAUUUACUUUUGGCGGGAGUUCUUCCACUGCUUCUGCAGCAGUCAACACAGGUAGCUCCAGUUCUGCUGCUAAUGUCUUUGGCUCCGGUUGGCAGAGCAGUGGAUCUUCGAAUUUUGGUUCCAGUUCUACCACAUCAGGAUUUUCUUUUGGGGCAUCAUCCGCGUCUGCUGCUGCAAGUACUGCACCGAUGUCUUUUAACUCGCAUGCUGGUGCCACGCAAAGCCCCUUCUUUUCAUUUAACGCGGCAGCCACUGCAUCACCAUCAUUACCUGCUGCCAGCCCACCUGUAUUUGGUAAUCCCCCGGUCAAUGCUUUUGGAUCCACUCUAGGAAAUGAUCAGAUGAACGCCGAAGACAGCAUGGCUGAGGAUCCCGUGCAGUCAUCCUUAUUUGGUCAACCAUCUGUCUCCCCAGCAGCUCCUUCCUCAGGCUUCACAUUUGGAUCGACUGCUCCAUCACAACCUAAUAAUCCCUUCAUGUUUGCCAGCCAACAAAAUCAAGCUGCUCCACCGAAUCCAUCAUCUUUUCAAGGAACAGGUAGUCUGGAAUUAACUGCUGGCGGAAGCUUCUCCUUGGGAAGUGGAGCUGGCGACAAGUCGGGGCGGAGGAUAGUGAAAGUGAAUAGAAGCAAAUACAAAAAGAGGUGAGGAGCAUCAUAUUAACUGCAGGCACAGGUAAGAUUGAAGCCAUUGCUAUGAUAUACUACUAGUGCUGCUCUCUUGAAAUUUUUUCCUUUUUUCCUGAUUAAUUAUUUUAGUCGAAUGUUUGCGAAGACAAACAGUGUCUCAAUUUUGGACAUUGCCUAUGUUGUGAUGUUGUCUGUUGGAUUGUUGGAGUGAAUAGUUGUUUGUCAUUUGUAAUAUGCAUCCGCCGCAUGAUAAUAGCUGCCCUGCCCUGCCUGCCUUGUAAUAGUGUAAUUGAGUUCUGCCA